UCUAAAGCACGAUGAACAACAAGCUCAGGUUUGUUUACGACAAAAAGGAGCUAAUACUAUUAAUCUUGGAUCCGUCGCUUCCAAGUUAAUAGUCACGGAAAACAACUCAUUAAAAUUAACGUACAAAGAUGGUUCAAGGUGUAACUCAAAUGAAACAUACAAAACUGAAAUUGAAUUUAUUUGCUCUGAAAGAGAGUAUGGCCCAAAAGUAAUUUCAGUGAAUGAUUGUACAUAUUCACUUGCUUGGAACACACCUUCAGCUUGUCCAAAUCAUAUGGUAGAAGGUGAAGAUAAUUGUAACUUAGUUGAAGAAAAUGGAUACCAAAGAAAUGUUUUUGAAGUCCACACUUCUGAAGAUAGAACAGUACAAAUUAGUAAAGGAAUAAACUUCAGGUUUAACCUUUGUGGUUCUCUAGUUACCCCUUGCGCAGGAGUAGAUAACACAGUCAGUGCUUGCUUAGAACGAAAUGGAAAAGAGUAUAUAGUGGGAUGGAAUAAUAAGAAACUGACAAAUUUAAAUGGGAAACUGUUUUUGAAAUUGGAAGACAAAAUGAAAAAUAGAAGGUAUAAAGUUGAUUCCUCGACAACAGUGCAUUUUCACUGCAGUUAUACUGCAAGUAAAAAAGGCGACGUUAUAUUGAAUUAUACAAACGAUUUAAAAAAUUUUAUUUUAAAUAUCCAUACCCCAUUGGCAUGCAUUCCUGAUAAGACAGUGAAUUGUACUGUCCAGACAGAAAAUUUUGCAUUUGAUUUAUCUCCUUUAUCAUCAAAUAGGAGUAAUUAUGUUGUGAACAGUGGAGAUGAUGAGUACAUCUUAAACGUUUGUCGUUCCGUUAUUAACACAGGGGAUGAUUUGUGCCCAGUAUAUUCUCCAGUUUGUUUAAAGAAGAAAUCUGAACCUAACUUAAUCAAUAGGUACAUACGUUUUGGAUCAGUGGCAAGGCCAGAAUGGACUAACAAUGAAUUAAUUAUUCAUUAUAAGAAUGGUGGAUAUUGCAGAGAUUCAGUUAUGUUUGAAACAUCAUCUACUAUUUAUUUUAGAUGCUCGGCUGUAGAGAAACAACCAGAAAUUUUAAGAAAAGACAAUUGUUCUGUAGAAUUUGUAUGGCAUACCAAAUAUGCUUGCCAAGCUCCAUGUACAAUGUGCCGCUAUUACACACCAUCGACGGCGUAAGUUACUAUCAUUUAUUGUAAAAAUAGUUUUCUUUAGGUGUGGUAUACUAGAGGUUGAGGACAUUUCUACUAUUAGAGAUAACAUUUAAAUUCGACAUAUAAGACAAUAUCUAGCAUUCUAAUUCGUGUUAUGCCUAACAGUUAGCAGCACGUUAUGCACCUAAUUCUACUAAUUUUCAAAUCUCCGUCAUUAAUAUUAAUUAAUACAAGGGGCAUCUUUCAUUAAGACCGCAUAAGGACCUCAUGGGGGCCACACGUUUCUCACCACUAGUAAAUACCUACCAAAAUAGUGUUAAGGUAUAAGAUUUAGGAUCACAGUAAUAUAUCCUAAUAUUUAGAUAAUUUCCCCAUUAUGAAUUAAUAUCGAUAUAUGUUUUUAUUUAUCAAUUUAUUAUAGUAUCUAGGUAUAAAAGCUCUCUUUUCUGUUUUACUUUUUGGUAGUGCGUUUAAGGCAAAUAAAUGGCUGGACUUAU